GUUGCUAUGGCGCCCAUCCUGGAUUUGCCUAUCUCUCCUCGUGGAGCCAAGGGCAGGGGAAGAGGAGGAGGGCGAUGGGACUGGUCCCUCCCCAGCUGCCUCCUCCCCUGACAGAUGUGGGGUGAGGUGGGGAGGGUGCUGUGCCUGUGCCAGGAUUGGGGCCACGAGGAGAGAGGAGGCAGGGCCCACAUACCUGCGUCCAGAAGCCGCUGAUGAUGUUACGGACAGUGAGAGAUUGGCAGGAAGGAGAGGCUCGAGCAGCAGGCCCCAGACCGCAGCCAGCAUCUGCCCGGGCUCCCCUGAGUCACCAAAUCCCCUGGCAGCCCAGAGCCCAGGGCCCCACAGCUGUGCCUGGGAUGGGUACUGGGGCCACCGUCCAGCCCUCCGGCCCAUGGGUGCUGCUGGGCUGCUGUCUCCUCUGUGCCUGGGCUCUGGGGGAUCUGAGGCCUCUCCGCUCUCUGCCCCUACUCCCCUCCCAGACUGAGCCCGGAUCAGUGCCCGAGAGGAUCCCCCCGCAGGGGGCUGAGGGGGCCCUGGCUUUUCUCUACUCUGGAGAUCCCCAACAGCUGCUGAGGGCUAACUGCAGUAAGCAUUACGAGGUUCCUGGGGCGGAAGCCAGGCCGGGACUCCCCCCAGUCCUACAGAGGGCAGCGGGCACCCUGGCCCAGGCUGCCAAUUUUCUCAACAUGCUGCUGCAAGCCAAUGAUAUCCGAGAGGCCAGCGUGGAGGAGGAUGUGGAGUGGUACCAGGCCCUGGUCCGCAGUGUGGCCGAGGGGGACCCCAGGGCCUACCGGGCUCUGCUGACCUUCCACCCUCCACCAGGCGCCAGCCACCUACAGCUGGCCCUGCAGGCCACCCGGAUGGGAGUGGAGACGCUCCUGCAGGAGCUAGCAGGGAGCAGGGUGUGGGGGGAGAGCCCAGCCAAGGACCUGGACAGCCCUGCCCUGCACAAGCGGGUGCUGACCAACGACCUGCAGAGCCUCAACAGCCCCAAAUGGCCCCAGGGGGAUGGAUAUGUGGGGGACAUGCAGCAGGUGAGGCUGUCCCAUCCCUUCCUGGAUUGCCAGGAGGGCCGGCUCCGUCCCGGCUGGCUGGUCACACUCUCUGCCACCUUCUACGGACUCAAGCCCGACCUCAGCCCGGAGGUCAGGGGACAGGUGCAGAUGGACGUGGACCUCCAGAGAGUGGAUAUCAAUCAGUGUGCCGACGGCCCGGGCUGGUUCUCUAACACACACCUGUGUGACCUCAACAGCACCCAGUGUGUCCCCCUGGAGGGUCGGGGUUUUGUCCUUGACCAGUACCUCUGUCGCUGUCGACCUGGAUUCUUCGGGGCAAGUGGCUCUGGGGGACUAGAGGAGGAUGCUUCGCAGACCCCUGGGCAAUUCGGCUCCCCGCAAGGCAACACAGGGUGGCUGCUUCGGUGCCAGCCAUGUCCUGAGGGCUGCCCCAGCUGCAUGGAUGCCACGCCGUGCCUGGUGCAGGAGGCCCUGGCGCUUCGGGCUGUGGUGCUGGCCUGCCAGGCCUGCUGCAUGCUGGCAGUCUUCCUGAGCAUGCUGGUCUCCUACCAAUGCCGAUGGAACAAGAGGAUCCGGGCAUCUGGAGUGGUCCUGCUGGAAGCCAUCCUCUUCGGGUCCCUGCUUCUCUACUUCCCUGUCUUCAUCCUGUACUUCAAACCCAGCGUCUUCCGCUGUAUCACUCUCCGCUGGGUCCGGCUGCUGGGUUUUGCCAUCGUCUACGGGACCAUAAUACUCAAGCUUUAUAGAGUGCUCCAGCUGUUUUUGUCCCGCGCGGCCCAGCGCAGCGCACCCCUGGGCAGCGGGCGGCUGCUGCGGCACCUGGGGCUGCUCCUGCUCGUCGUGCUGGGCUUCUUGGCAGUGUGGACGGCAGGCGUCCUGGAACGGGGCCAGUUUGCACCUCUGGUGACCCAAGGCCACACGGCCGCAGGCCGCCACUUCCACCUCUGUCACCACGACCGCUCGGACUACAUCAUGGUUGGGGUGGAGGUGCUGCUGCUGUGCUGGGGUAGCUUCCUGAGCUGUGCCACCCGUGAGGUGCCUUCAGCCUUCCAUGAGCUGCGCUACAUGGGCCUCGCCCUGCACAACGAGCUACUGCUCUCUGCUGCCUUCCACAUGGCCAGGUUCAUGCUGGUUCCCUCCCUGCACCCGGACUGGACUCUCCUCCUCUUCUUCUUCCACACCCACAGCACAGUCACCGCCACGCUGGCUCUUAUCUUCUUCCCUAUGUUCCAGAGGCCGGGGGCACCACCUCACGAGGAGAUCUUGGAUGAGGCAUAUGAGGAUGAGCUAGGCCUACAGCGCUUGGGGUCCUACCUGGACAGCAGCGUGGCCUCAGCCUGGAGCGAGCACAGCCUGGACCCUGGCGACAUUCGGGAUGAGCUGAAGAAGCUGUAUGCCCAGCUAGAGGUCCGAAAGACCAAGGAGAUGGCUGCUAACAACCCGCACCUGCCCAAUAAGUGGGGCAGCUCCCGCCAUGGGCUGGGCCGCUCCUUCCUGAGGUACCUGGCCGAGUUCCCCGAGGCCCUGGCCAGACAGCACUCCAGGGACUCUGGCUCCCCAGGCCGCAGCAGCUUGCCCAGCUCAUCCUGCCGCCGGCUGCUCAGCUCCAGUCACCAGGACACCCCCGAGGGAGGCCCGGCCCUGUGCCAGUCCCACUGCACCUAUGACCAGCACCACCCAGAGCAGGAGCUGCCCCUCCUGGGCUCCGUGCUGCGGAGGAACCUGUCCAGGAAGGCCUUGAGGCUAGAGGGCCAGGAGCCUGCCAAGGGGCCGCCCGCCCUGGGCUUCCGCUCUGCCAGUGCCCACAAUCUGAUGGGAGGUGAGCAGCUGUCCCGGGCCUGGCCCAGCUCCCUGCAGAAGUCGCUCAGCGACAUGGCGGGCAGGAGGGAAAAGGCCCUGCUGGUGGCCAGCCAGACCUACCUGGAGGAGACCUAUUGGCAGGCGAAGGAGAGACAGGAGCAAAAGAAGGCAGAGGCAGCCACGGCCAGGCCAGUGUGGAGGCCAUCGGCCAGGAGGCUGGAGCGGGCCUGGAGUCCCCCCCUGUCCGCCCCACCAUCCCCUGCCAAGAACAGCAGCAUGGACAGCUCUCUGGCCUCCAGGAGGCUCCAGGAGGAAGGUGGCAGGAGGCUGCCUCACCCACCCAUCCAUCACCAGGUGUCCUCGCCCAUCCUGGUCCUGUCUGGGGCCUGCCCGGCAGAGCAACGUAUGCUGUCUCCCAGCUCCACCUUGGCCCCAGUGCCCACCCCUGCCCUGGCACCAGUCUCAGGGCCCCCCCAAAGCCCCAUCUUACUCACCUACAUCUGCCCCUGGGAGAAUGCAGAGCUGCCAGUCAAGAAAGAAACUGUGGUCCAGGAAGGCGCCCUGGGCAGCCACUCCCCAGCCCUGGCUCGAGGCAAGCUCUGGAGGCCCCUCUCCGAGGCGGUAGGGAAGAGGGUGGCCAUGGAGAGUGAGAUGGAUGCUGAAGCCGGGCGACCGGAGGGGGAAGCAGAUGACAGGGCUGAGGACAGGCCCAAGACAUUCUCGAAGUCCCACAGCCUCAAGACGCCUGUGCAGCAGGGCUCCAUGCGCAGCCUGGGGCUGGCCAUCAAAGCGCUGACACGGUCCCGAAGCACGUACAGGGAGAAGGACGGUGGUGGCGAGGUCGGCCCAGACAGGGAGAAGGACAGGGCUGCAGGAGCGGCCAUGGCUGUGCUUCCCCGGUCUCCCAGGCUGGGCCGGCCCAAGGUGGUGAGCAAGCAGGCAGCCCUGGUGCCCUGCAACGAUGAGGAGUCCCUGCAGAACCAGCAGAAUGCCCACACCAGCGGGAUGCUCCAUGUCUGUCACCAGGAUGGGGGGAGGGAGCAAGAGGCUGGAGGCCGGAAGCUCUCCCAGGGCCCAGGGGAGAGCAAAGUGGAGAAAGCAGGGAAAAGGGGGCUUGCCACACUGUGGCAAGUGUUUGGGGACAAAAGUGCCGAGCAAGCCAAGGAAGGCCCAGGAGGGCGGCGAGAACCACCCAGAAGUGGCCUCCUGCUGCUGGGUAGUGCUGACCGAGGGGUGGCAGAGGCGUGUCCCUGGGAAGUGAUCAAGUCAGACACGGGUGGGCUGGACAGUAGCAACAAGGCCCAAAUCUGCCCCUGGGAGGUGAGCAAGGGAGCCCUGCAGAGGACGGCAUCGGGACAGCACCGAGGUGACUCCCAGGAAGACAGGGGGACAGCCACAGGCAAGCCAGAGCCCAGAGGGGCAGCUGUCACAGCUCGGAGAAAGCCAGAGAGGCUGGUGCGGAGCCAAGAGGCCUCGUGUCCCUGGGAGGGUGCCGACCCUGGAGCCGUGGGCAGGUCCUCAGCAGCAGGCAGUGUGGACCGAAGGCAGGCAGAGAAGCCUUGGGCAGAAGCCCCCGGUACAGAAGCUGGGUCCCCUCACCCUGCCAGGGCAGAGCUGUACCCUUGGGAGGUGGGUGAAGCGGACCAGGGGACUCGUGCCCCAGGAGAGAGGGCGGCCCCUCAGGCAGGGCAGAGUGCCUCCAAGAAAGCUGCCUUCUGGAGGGAACAGGAGCAGGGUGCAGACCCGGAGCCUCUGUGUCCCUGGGAGAGCACAGGCUUCCGGGACCCCUCGGGGAGCCUGGGCAGCAGCAUUGCCGAGGUGUGUCCGUGGGAGGUGGCAGAUGCGCCCGUCCCCAGGAAAGCAGAGGUCUGUCCCUGGAAGGUCAAAGAAGGAACGGAGGACGGGACUCCAGGACAGACGGCUAAAGGAGGAGACUCUCAAAAGGCUAAGGAGAAAAUGCCUGGGAAGGCAGGAAUCCAAGAUGUCACCUCGAGGGAGAAGCCUGAGGUGCAGAUCCCAAAGCAGGAAGCAGUCUGCCCCUGGGAGAGUGUGGGCUCUGGCAGCUUACCCCCACUGCCAGGUCCCCAAGAGCCAGAGAGGUCCCGAGUUAUUUCCCAGAGGUUGGGGAGUGCAGGAAGUGGGGCAGCCGAGGUCUGCCCGUGGGAGGUGGAGGACACCCCCACAGAUGGCAAGGCACAGAUCUGUCCCUGGGAGGUGGGCGCUGGAGCAGGCCAGGAAAGGGCUUGGGGACCUGAGGGCAUCAGAUCUCCAAACGCUACAGGGAAGACGAGGCCAGGGAGGCCAGCCAUGGAGGGGGAGUGGGCCCAUCCCUGGGAGACCUCGGGUCCAGGGGGCUCCUGGCAGCACAAGGACACUCUGGACACUGAAGGGCCAAGAGCGGGCCUCCAGGACCAGGGCCGCCUGGGCCGCAGGCCAGCUGACAUGUGUCCCUGGGAAGCACAGGAAGCACCCACCAGUGACAAGGCCAAGAUCUGUUCCUGGGAGGAGAAUGAAGGGGCCCCCGGGAAGGGGCUAGGGCAAGAGCUGGGGAACCAGGAAACUCUAGAAAAGGGAAGGUUUCCCUUGCCAGCAGGAGGCGUAGCAGAAUGGGAGGCAAAACUCCACCAAGAGCAGGAAGCUGUUUGUCCUUGGGAGGACCAGGACUUGAGGGAAUGGUCUGCUCCAGUCCCCAAGGCCUCAGACUUGUCCUGGGAAGUGAGUGCGGAAGGGACACAGAAGGGGGAACUGAAACAAGACCCAAAGACAGGCUCCUUCCCGGAACACGAGACCCAGGGAAAAGCUCCAGCUUCAAAAGCAGAAUCUAUGACUGAGGCUGGGGGAGGGACUAGCAAAGCGGGACUGUCUGUCUGUCCAUGGGACACCAUGGCACCAGAGGGCUCUCUGUCCCACCCCAACAGCCAGCAUCCUGACCAAAUGGAAGCCAGCUCCCAGGCCCUGGGCAGUGGUGGGGGCAGCAUUGCCCGAAUGUGCCCAUGGGAUGCUCCUGACCCAGAUGUGUGUGAAGCUGAGAGCAGUGCCAAGGCUGAGCUCUGUCCCAGGGAGGCCACAGAGAAAGUCCUUGAGAGAGGGGCAUGGAGACAGGAUGGAAAGGGAGACUCUCGAGAGGGAACAGGAAGAGCCCAGGAAAGACCAGAGCCCCAGCAGGUUCAGGAAACACCUGAGAUGGCAGACUGCAGGAAGCUGGGGGCCACGUGUCCCAGGGACAGUCGAGAUGGUGGGGGUGUGGCGCCACAACUGGCCCCGUGCGCUUCUGAGGGACGCAGAGCCAGGGCCAAGGCUGCAGGUCACAUGGGGGCAGGGGCAGCAGAAGUGUGUCCGUGGGAAGUGGAAGAGAAGCCCUCCACCCAGGAAGCAGAGGUUAGCCCUCGGGAGCCAGGUCCUGGAGGGGCAGGUGAAGGGACACCGGCACAGGGGGUGGCAGGAGGGUCCCAAGGGCAAGGAGAGGUGCUCUUUCUGAAGGCAGGAUCUGCAGGGGCUGAAGGAGACUUUGCAGCAGCGGCAGUGACACUCGGCAGAGAACAGGACAUAGUUGGCCCCUGGGAUGGCACAGGCUCAGAGGGCCCGGUCCCCCAGGGAGAUGCUCUGGGUGCAGACUGCUACAAAGUCAGCCGCUGUGGAGCAGGCAGCGGGGGUACCAGGACAGCAGAGCUCUGUCAGUGGGAGGUCACAGAUCCGGAAGGAAAUAAAAUAAGGGGCACUAUGGCAGACGUCUGUCCCUGGGAAGACACUAGCGCCCCACUGGAGGAACCUGGCUUCCGGGCUUUAACAGUGGCUCAGACAGAGAACGUCCCCAAGGCCGCUGAGAAGUCACUAUGCUUCUCAGUCAGCUUCAUUCCAGAAAGCAAGAGCUCCCACCCCAAGGGGGUCAAGGGGGCCAAGGCGGCCCGUUCUGCUGGUUCCCAGGAAGGUGGCAGAGCACUGGGAGGACCUUCGGGGCUUGGGCCAAGGACCAGGGUCUCCCUGGAGCUCAGUGUCCAAGGAGCAGAGGCUCCGAAAUCUUCCUCCUUAGCUGAGGACCACGGACAAGUGGCUUCGGAAGCUCAGGAUGAAUAUCUCAGUCCUCCGCCUGCUUACCCUUGGGACUUCGAGUGACAGCUCCACUCAUCAGGGGAGGCCAGAGCCAGCCUGCAGGGGCUGAGGUCCUUCCCAAGUCCUAGUGCUCAGAUACUCAUCCAGUUCUCCUCCCCAGGAAGCCAGGUGUCAACUCCACUGAAAGACAAACUAAUAGGAAGGGCGCAGCUCAACCCCCAAGAGAAGUCCUACCCUCUCUUUACCAUCUCUAACUUUUCGAGCAAAGGCCAGACCCUCCGAUUCCAAGGACACUCCCUCCUACCUGUCCAGAGCGCAGGGAGCCCCCAAUCUUCUCUGAGGUCUACGAAAGGAGUGCUUGUGGAAAAGCAGCUGGACCUCGCGAGCCAGGGGAACAGGGACUGUGGGUUACAGCAGGCAACAACAUCUCCACCCAAAGCUCAGCAAGAAGCCACUCACUCCAUGUGGAAAGAUAAACUGAGGAAACAAAGGAUUCAGAGCCAGUGCUCGAGAAGCCAUCAGGAAGGACACUCUCCUGGCUCCGAAGCUCCUGUUUCUGCUGUUGCCCCUCACACCUGCCCUGCUUGACUGCAGCUGACAGGCGGGCUCUGGGACCUUAGGCCAGCAUCCAAACAACACCGGGAACUGAGCAGGGCAGCUUCACCAGGUCCUCCACAGAUGGGAAGGGGCUGUCCCUCCAGGGAUGCUUGCCUGCCUCCUGCUGGCUCCUUCAGUGACCUCCUCACUUCCUCCGAGCCUCCAGUGCUGUCAGCCAACUUGACAGUGACAACCAGCCACAUCCACAUCCGUCUCCUCCUCAGAGGAGCCCAAGGAAGCAGGCCCGGUUCACAGCCAGCGCACCCACUACCUCUGCCCUCAAACAGCAGAGCUUCCGGGCAGUGAGGAGCCACAGGGCAGAGGCCAGGACAGGCGCUAUGUAAAUACAAAGCGCUCUUUCUUAGGCAGCUCAGCUCUGUAGCAUAGGCAGUGUUAGGUAACUGGGACUAGAUGAUCAUCCAGAGGGAAGCAGGGAGGAGAAAAACAUCCAAGGAAGUCCUGGAAUUGGCAGAGGAGAGGUGGGGUUGGGGACAAGAGGGGGGGGGUAACGUGGCAGAGACGGCGGGACGCCGGCCACAUCCAGCAGCACGGG